GAACCGUGACUGCAUGCGGCUACAGGGCAGCCAUAGCCUUCAGACCGCGGCUGCCACAAACAGCUCUCAAACGCCUCCCUCACAGCGAUGGUCUGCUUUGGCCGUUCUGGCGUCAGGCUUAGUCCAGCGCCGAGCUUUCAAUCCCAGCGUUCAACGCGGAAGGUCAAAGUUUGCUUCUCAGCUUGAAGCUCGCCCUAGACUUUCCCGUUGUGUGGCUUGGUUUCACCCUCCUCACCAGGGCACAUGUUAUCAGGGCAUUUGUCCUGACUUGACUGAAAUUAUAAGCCUCGUCAACACGUAAGAGGCGGCUGUCAGUUGACCUCCUAGGCAUUGAGAGUCACCACUGCGUUCAUCUGAUUUUAACUGAUAGCAGAAAAAGCCUGAUCAUCGACGGUUUCGCGAUUGCCUCGCGUCCAGACUUCCAAUUGUAGAUAAUUUUACUACUGAAGGUUGUACCUCGAAGGUCCUGCUUUUAGAAAAGUACUUAACACUUUCCAGCUCAUGGCAUCCUUGCUCCUACGCUUCCCCAGAGAACUUUCAGAAGCCCCCCCUGUUGUUGCCUCCCCGUGGAGCGCAGCCGAUUCCCCCCAACUGCUUUCAAUGGAACAAGCCGCGGCGCCGACUCUCCGCAAAUCGCGGCGACGCAACACGGUAGCGUCGGUGCCGCAGUUCGAGGUGCUCCCCUGCGAGACGGACGUGGCGCUUCGCGGCGGUGUAUCGGAGCCGGCGGAGCCCAAGUCCAACGGCGACGCACCCUCGGAAGGUGCGGCGGCGGCGCCUAGUUCGCGAUUCUCGCACAUCGAACUUCGCCUGGAAAUGUGGAACCUCGCUACUGGGAGCUCCGCUACGAGUAGUAGCAGGCACCAGCCGCUCGGCGCGCGUCCGACGCGCUCGCGAAGCUCGCCAAUCAUCGCGCCGCCUGAGGCUCUCUCUUCACCCGCGGAGGCUGCCAUCAAGAAGACGACGAUACCCGCGGAAGAGGUUUUCGAAAACGCACUGGAAGUUGCUCCUGAACCGUCCAACCAUGGACGCGAUGCUCACCCUGAUGCUCCUCGUGUAACUGUCGAAAUCGCUGAACGCUCGCAUCUCAUAUCGGGGUCCAAGUCGCCGGCUCCUUCUCCAAGCGGCGCUCCCCAGCGGGGGGCACAGGGGACGCGGGGGAGCGUUUCUGAGAGCGGGGUAGAGACAAGGGGGAGAGGCCUGUCGCGGUGGCAGAGCGUUCCUGCGCUAACCUUGACCAACGCUGCUCGCUCAAGCGGUGCUGUCAGCGAGUCUCCCAUGAUGCGACAUGGGGCGUCACCGCGCUGGCCGAUUUCGGAGGCAUCCCAGCCCGCGACCGCGAGCGAGUCAGUCUCCCCGGCUGUCUCGUCGCACGGACGGCGCUUUCUGCGGCAUGCUGAUCUUGACAGGCAAACUAAUGGUAAUAGGCAAGGAGUCGCGGGCCCGGCUUGUGUCGCGACGCCGCCAGCCCGCCCACCGUCUGCUGCGGAUAGCGGCGUGAGGCUAUCGAGAGCUGCGUCGUCUGAGCCUACAAGUAAUGUGUUCGUGUGGGCAGCUCAGCAGCGCAUUGCACGGCACAGAUCCGCGCUGCAGUGACAUGAGUUCCUGCGACGGGGUUGGGUUUCUGGAAAAGAGAACCGCGGAGCUCGUGGUUGUAGUUCGUCUUUAUCUUUCACUGUAUAUUCCCUGAUAUGCUAACUGGUUUAAUAACCCAUUUAUCCGUCU